GGCCAAUAAGAACUAUGUAAUAGUCUAGGGCGCGAGCGCCAUAUUGUUCACGGGAUUUCCUGGUCUUGUCUAUUUCAGCACUGUGAUUAUCUCGCUUAAAUGCGGCUUUUUCAUUAUCAUUUAAUUCAUGGCUCAAGAGACUCAACAGAAUGAACCUCGUGGAUCCAUUAGCUUGCGAAAUUCCCAGUUGCAAUAUCCUAACUCACUAGCAAUCGCUAACAAUUGCUCAUCUUCUAGUGAUAUUCACACUGCACACCAGAUAUCCAGUUCCUCUGUUAAAUUGCAUACAGUGACACCCGUUUGUACACUGACUAACAAUAACCAACCAAUUCAGUAUAUUGGGUCGGAGGCCAGGACUGUAUGCGUCCCUGUUUGUAGUUCUCAUUCAUUAUAUCCCCACUCGGUUGUACAUCGUGCAUCUCCAAAUUCAAAUGUUGGAUAUAACUCUGGAUCUAUGACUCAUGCUCAUUGCAGCACUUCAAGUGGUCAACCGGAUAUGCUGAGCUAUGCAGAACUAUUUCCAUACAACAAGUGA